AUGGACUCCAGGGGAGCUUCACCCGAACAGCAAGGCCAGAACAGAUUGGCGUCUCCAACACUUCAAAUCAAAAAUUUGAACUCUGAGGAAGAAGGAGUGCUGAUGAUAAAGGCCAUUGGCCAUUUUUAUGAUUCAGACAUCAAAAGUUCAGUGCCGGAAUUUGAACUUGAAUCCUAUGGCUUUCUGGGAUCGACGAGCAAAGGAGGGCGUGAUUUGUCUGGAGUCUGUAGUUAA